UCAGACAAUUCACAAAUUAUUUUGUUUAGUUUAAAGGCCGGAAUGAGAAUAUUUAUUGUCUUAAAAAUAACUGAUUCUUGUAAUGUGUUUAUAUUUUGUACAUAUUUCAUAAUGAACAGGUGCCUCUCAAUCAUCAUCAUGCUCGGGUACAUCUGAUGACACCAUCAUCCUGAAUUUAAUGAUGUGUGACCCUGUUGAAGAAGUAGCCGCUGACGAAGGAAGCCAGCCUAAAAGGCCAUGCCACAUAAACUACGAGGCAAAAGCGUUGAUUGAAAAAAUCCUAACAUCAAAACCUGGUGGUGAACGCAUUAUGCAAGAGUAUGGAAAAACCAAAUCUCUGACAGAUGCCACCAGAAGACAGAUGAUUAACAUACUUGCUGCUGAGAUGACAGAAACACAUGGGACAUCCCCCCCCAAAAGUGUUAGAGUGAUGUAUGCACAGGGGAUAGUAGCCUUGUUUCCCUAUCUAGAAGACCCAUACUCACAACAUGGAUAUGAACAUUACUACGAUCCGGAGAGUGGUUCGGGUUACCUUGCAUGGCGAUUGAAGACCAUACAGAGAAAAUCAGCAAAGGAAAGAGGUGCCUCAGUCAGCAAAUCUCCUAAAGUUGGUGGGCCAGGCCGUGGUCGUCAGCCCUUGGCCAAUGACAGAGAGCUGUCUGAUGAGGAUGUGGAAGCAGCUAUUGCUGUUUUAAAACACUCUUCUGAUGAAAAGACUGUCCGUGAGAAGAUGAAAAUGACCUUCAUAUAUCGGCAAGCAAUGGUCAACGAUGAAGCCAAAUCAUCAGAUGUCUUCUUGGUCUUCCCACGAUUUCUGGACACACCAGGACUGAUAGAACAAGAUUUCAGACUUCUGUUUGGUGAGGCCACGGCCAACAAAUUUUUGGAGAAGUGGCCAACCACUUUCAAAGCAAAAGUAAUAAAGGAAAUCCAAGGACUUGUACCCACCACAGAACUCUUGGAUUUGAUGCGCAAUGCUGAGUCAGCUGCUGAAGUUGAGAAUGGCUGGGACAGUGACAUGUCUGCCAUCUUGCUGCUGCUACAUUUGCUACCACCAUCUGCACAAGGUAGAAAGAGGCCGGGAAAGCUGUCUGCAUAUCAAGCUGUAGAUCAGCUCAUCAGAUUUCAAAAGGUUGGAACCAGUGUGCAGCAGCAUCUAGACAACAUCACCCAAAGCAGUCAGCCCUAUCUUCUCGCCCAGGGAUCCACACAAAGCACCAUUCACUCCUUCUUCAUUGUGGUUGACAAGCAUGCACUUCCAUGCAAGGCAAAAGGUUCAGUUGGAGCUUUUGACGAACUCUUUAAAGCCCAUUACGUCUUUGGUACGUCAUACAGUUCUUCCCUGAGCAGCUUUUUCACUUUUGUUCAAACAACCAUCUAUAACAUUGACAUGGGGGAAACAAAGGAGACUCCUAGAGUUGCGGAGUUGCGAGCAAGAAUGGUGCGUUAGUUGAGAUAAAACUAUGAAGUGUUUUCUUUGCAAAAGUGACCAUGGAGGUCCAAACAACCUUGUUAAGCACUUUAAGGUAAUUCAUGGACUAUGUACAGGCAGGACUCUUUUUUUGAAGUGUGGUCAAGAAGGAUGCGUUCUUU